ACAGGGCAAGCUGCGCGAGUUGGAACAGAAGAAGCCUUCGAUGAUUGCCAUUGUUGAGCUCAGUGAGGGAUUGACAGCGCUUGCGCCUGGCCACAAGCUUCCCUCUCUGGCCAACACUGUACGCACCCUCAAGCAGCAGUGGGCAGCUAUUGAUGACAGCCUGCGCAAGAAGGUGCCUCUGGGUCCCAAGGAUGUGGAGAAGAUGUUCUCCCGCUUCUGCAACCACCUGACGGCCAUCAAGACGUGGCUUGAAGGGGCUGAGCUUUACUUUGUUGCCAAGACAGAGUACAAGGAGUCGGCUGCUGGGCAAAGAAAGCUCAAGAGCUUGCAGAUGGAGAUGGCUGAACAGAACACAAGGGUGCAGAUGCUCAAGGAGGAGGCGCUUGAGCUGUUGCGUCAGGGACCCAGAUACAGCAAGACUGUUGAGUCCGAGCUGAGUGCCCUCAGCGAGAGAUGGAACGCUGUGGUCGAGAAGCUCAAGACCACACAGACCUUAGAACCAGUAUGUAUAGAGGUUCAACGAUCCGUCCUGAAUGAGCUGAGGGCGUCACCUGUCAACCUGUCAUCAACUUCAUCAGAGGCAGACUUGUCAGCGAUUGAGCAGCUUGAGGCCAAACUACGCCAGGUGAACAAGAGGGUUGAGGCUCUGGAGACACACCUUGACAAGGGUGUUGAACUUGUCACCAAUGAUGUCCUUGAGGAGAGUGAGCAGACAAUAAAGAAGCUCUCUUCUGAGAUUGAGCACUUAGGGCUGGCCGUGGACCAGGUGUCGACAGACGUUGACAGGGCUGCACCGCGCCUGGGUCCCGUGCCUACGGCUCUCGAGCGCCUCCGGUCAGAGGCCGAGGCAUUAGAGUCCAAGUGGAACACGGUGCGGAAGGCAGCCGAGCAGCGCCGCUCCCACUAUCAAGACCUGGUGGUGCGCUGGAAGCUCCUGCAGCAGCAGACGGAUGCAACUGUGGUGCAGAUGGUCUUGCUGCUGAGAAAUCUUGAGCACGCUCGCACGGUCCAGAGCCGCCAAAAGGCAGCUCUGGAACAGGCUGCACGUGUAGGCCAGGAGGUGUCUUCCCUUCAGCAACAGGCUCGAUCUUUAGAGCAGGAGCGUGGCGUACCUUCAGCAGCCACCCAAGCCCUUCUGCAGCGUUUGCUUCAGCUGUGGAACCAGGCCCAGGGCCAGAUUGCAGUACUGCACUCUCCUGAGCCAUCGUGUCGUGUUGCCGACAGCACGCAAACCGAACAACCGUUGGCGGUCAUCGUAGACUCCGGAGCCGUCACUUGCAUCCCUGACUAUGUGGCAAAGGUGGCCAAAGUGCGAGAAGCCCUGCUUGCUGUUGGGAGGCAGGCGCAUGCCCCCGAGCUCUGCGGAAAGGACUUUGAGGACUUCGAGAAACAGGAAGGCAUUCUCAAGUCUGUGAAAGAAGCCUUGGAUGCCCUCAAGCCUACCGUGGACUCUGUAAAACAAGAACAGGCAGCCAUAAUGCAGAAGAGCAAUGACAAGGAUGCCCUGGAAGUGUCUCGUGCAGUCGAAAAAAUGAGCGAAGACUGGACAAAGCUGAAGCAAGUCUAUGCAGACCGUCACAGUCGUUGGCUGAAGACACGCGAGUUUUGGCAGCAGUUUGAUUCCAGCAUUCGUGGCCUCAACCUCUGGAUGGAGGAAAUUGAGACUAUUCUUGUUCAAUGUCAUCUUCCAAACGGAGACCUGGACAUCGAACUUUCACAAAAACAUCAAGAGUCAAUGGAGAAACAAGUCACUGAAAAGAUGCCGCACUUUGAGGAAGUGAAGACCAUGACGAAGCAGAUCAUGGAGCAGUGCUCCGCUGCCGACGGGGUGCUCCUGCAGCAAAAGCUGGACACACUGACUCGACGAUGGAAGUCCAUCAUUUCUGAGCUUCAGUCCAGGAGGGAAAGGCUCGCUGUUGAUAACUCCCGCUCCGAGCAAGUUAAGGAGGACUUGUUGGAGUUGAAGCCUUGGCUGAUGGAAGUGGACCGCUUGCUGUCAUACACACCCAAUGAAGAAGAUGACAUUGAAACAACAAAGGAGAGGCUUGAGCAGCUGAAGAGCUGUGAAGAGGAAAUCGGUGCCAAGAGAUCAAACCUGCUGUCUGUCAUCCUUGGUGGAUCGCUAGUUCGUCCUGCUGAAGUUGAGAGCCUUGAAGCACGGUUUCAAAAGGCCAGCACGGCUCUGCCUCAGGCGCGCAAGACUCUGGAGUCGUACAUCCCUCAACUUACUGAAUUCGAAGAAGAGAUUGCAGCUGAGCAGCAGAGGUUGAGUGAAACUCGACGAGACGUUGAGAAGCUAUUAGCCGCCAAGCUGCUUGGAGAGUCACCCCCGGAGGUCAAGGUUGCUGAAGAUACUCUUUUGAGACAUGGCAACACGAUUCAGGAGAUCAGCUCAAAGUCAAAGGAAGUGGAAAAGCUGCUUCCUUUGUUGCCUUCAACCAAGAAUAAACUGAGUCAUCUUAAGGAGUCAUGGGAUGCUAUUCAACAAAUCGUGUCCCGAAUAGGUCCACCGCUGUCAUUGGUCAUAGAUUUUGAAAACAUCAGCCACCCUACGUCACCGACGAUAAUGCCACUGACGGGCUACACUAAACAGUGGAACGACCUCGCAGGUGAGCUUGAAAAGUGGCUCAAGGCUCGGGAAAACGAACUGGAGGCCCUCAAGGUCGACUAUGGUGACGAGGAGUCCGUCAACUCUGCCAUUGAGUACCUAAAGAAAGCUUUUCUGGACGGACACGAAAUAUCGUCCGAGGAAGAUCACAGAAGACUUCGAAAUUGCGUUCGCUACGCCCUGCUGAAAUAUCUGCUGGAACAUGAGCAACAAGGAGCAUCGCUAAAGAAGCUUCAGACUGCCGUGGACUACCAGACGGCCAAGUCGGAAGACAUGGCUGACAAGGACCUCCGUUCCAGGGUGGCCAACCUUCGCGAGGAGUGGGACCGGAAUGAAUCGGUUGCGCUGCAGCGUCGCCGCCAGCUCGAGGGCAUCGCCUCGGACGCCGGCCGCAGCCUGGACGACCGACGCCGCGAGCUCGAGGCGUGGCUCAGCCGCAUGGAGGCGCGCCUCGACCGACAGGCCGCAGCCGGACCGCCGCAUUCGCUCGAAGCCCUCGAGGCACAGAUACGCGAGCAGAGGCUUUUGAACGCCGAGCUGAACAAGUGGAAAGCGGCAGUGGACUCCGUGACCCGGCUGGCGCACAAGGUUGCCUCCGAGCCCCGCUCCAACUCUGUGGGGGCUCCGCUCCAGGAGGACCCCGCGAGGCUUAUGGCGGCCGUCGAGAGCAUCAACCAGCGCUUCGCCGACCUCACCGUCAGCGUGCAGAACCGUGGCCAGGCCCUGCAGUCCGCGCUGGGCUCGAUGCACCAGCUGGAGAAAGCGCUCGACCGGUUCUUGGGCUGGCUGGCCGAGGCCGAAGCCACGCUGGACGUGCUGGAGACCGAGGCCGACCGCUACGGACCGCGGGACGACGUGCACCGCUCCUGCAGCUUCCAGGACAGGAUAAGGGAAUUGCAACGUGAGAUAGACACUCAACGAGACCUGCACCUGACGAUAAACGAACGCAGCUCUCAUGUGCUGCAAUCUAUGAACAGGCCUGAUGAGGCUCACCACCUUCACAGGAAGCUCGAUGAAAUGAAUAGCCGAUGGAAUAAUUUAAGAAUGAGGACCGUAUCGCUGCGAAACCGUCUCGAAAGCAAUGCUGAACACUGGAACCAGUUACUGUUAUCGCUACGUGAGCUGACUGAAUGGGUGAUCAAGAAGGAGACAGAGUUGUCGGCACAGCCAGCCAUUGGCGGGGAUGUAGCCACCAUCAUGAAGCAACAGGAGGACCAUCGAGCUUUUCGGAGAGCUGUGGAUGACAAGCGGCCAAUCAUCGAGAGCAGCUUACUUGCUGGCCGACAGUACAUAGCAAGAGAACCUCCUCUCUCGGACACAAGUGACUCUGAAGCCAAAGAUUACGAUGACAGCCGGGGUUACAGAAGUGCUGAUGAGCAAGCUAGGGAGAUUACGCGCAGCAUUCGAAGAGAAGUGAAAAAACUGGCAGACAAGUGGAAUGGCUUCUUAAGCCACACUGACCAAAGACAAAUGAGGCUGGAUGAUGUACUUCAUAAGAUGCAGUCUCUACAACGAGCAAUGGAUGACCUUAGUGCUCGACUUCAAGUUGCUGAAAGUGCAAAAGCCCAAUGGACUCCUGUGUCCGAGUUCCUCCUUGACCAGUUGGCAGGACAAAUUGACGAAUUAAGAGCAUUUCGGGAUCGGCUGGCUCCACUGCAGUUGCAGGUGGAAUCGCUGAACGAGGCAGCCGGUGCUAUCACGAGCUGUGGAGUUCUGCUGUCACAAGGAAACCUGAAUCGACUGGAUGAGUUAAGCAGCCGCUGGCGCCUUCUGCAGGUGGCCAUUGAUGAGCGCCGUCGACAGCUAGAGAACACCUUGCUCGAUCAGGGCUCACAGCAGCAGCAGUUCCUCAAUGCCUCUGUGGAGCAGCCAUGGGAAAGAGCUGUAGCCGGAAACAAAGUGCCUUACUACAUCAACCAUGUUACUGAAACCACGCAUUGGGAUCAUCCUCGUAUGUUAGAACUGAUGGAUUCUCUUGCUGAAUUCAAUGAUGUCCGGUACUCUGCAUACAGAACAUCAAUGAAGAUCAGGACCAUACAAAAAAAUCUUUGCUUGGACCUGGUCUUUAUGAACAAUGCUAUCAACGCAUUUGAUCAGCAUGGCCUGCGAGCUCAGAACGACAAGCUGAUUAGCGUGCCUGAGAUGAUCACUUGCUUAGCAACCAUCUACGAAGGUGUGGCCCAGGAGCAUUCCAAUUUGGUGAAAGUGCCACUGUGCAUUGACCUGUGUCUCAACUGGCUGCUCAACCUCUACGACACUGCUACAAGGACGGGGUACAUAAGAAUCCUUUCAUUUAAGGUGGGGAUUAUCCUGCUCUGCAGGGGUAAUCUUGAAGACAAAUUCAGAUACUUGUUUCGGCUCAUUGCGGAUGGUAACGGCUGUGCCGACGAACGACAACUGGGCCUACUGCUCCAUGAUUGCGUGCAAAUUCCGAGGUUGCUUGGCGAGAUCGCCGCUUUCGGUGGCUCGAAUAUUGAGCCAAGUGUCCGCAGCUGCUUCGAGAUGACGGCGCCAGCUGGUCGACGAGAGAUCCAGGCAUCGCAUUUCCUGAACUGGCUUCUGCAGGAACCCCAGAGUUUGGUGUGGCUUCCCGUACUCCAUCGUCUGGCUGCUGCCGAGACAGCACGACACCAGGCCAAAUGCAAUGGCUGCAAGCAGUACCCAAUUGUUGGGUUCAGGUACCGGUGUCUCAAGUGCUUUAAUGUGGACCUCUGCCAAAGCUGCUUCUUUUCGGGAAGAAAAACCAAGAACCACAAAGUUACCCAUCCAAUGCAGGAGUACUGCACCACGACAACAUCUGGAGAGGACGUGAGAGACUUCACCAAGAUCAUGAAGAACAAGUUCAAGUCCAAACGCUACUUCAAGAAGCACCCUCGAGUUGGCUACCUACCGGUGCAGACUGUCCUCGAAGGAGACGACCUCGAGAGUCCCGCACCAUCACCGCAGCACACAUUGUCGUCGCAGGACAUGCAUUCUCGUCUCGAUCAGUACGCAAACAGGUAUGCAGAUACCGAACUUAGGACAAGGAGUAACUCUACUCCAGACUCGAGUGAAGAUGAACAUCAGUUGAUUGCACAGUACUGUCACACUUUGAGUGGAGAGCUUCCAUCAUCUGUGUGCAAUUCUUCUUUGUUUCUCCAACCACGGAGCCCUGCUCAGGUGAUAGCAACCAUCGAUGCUGACCAAAGGGAUGAACUUGAGCUCAUGAUCGAGGAACUCGAAGAGGAGAACAGACAUCUGCAGGCAGAGUAUGACCGGCUGCAGGAAAUGCAGAGCGUAGGGCUGAGCCCGACGCCAAGCCAGCUCGAAGAGGAGGCUGCCUUGAGCCCCAGUGGCAGCACCACUCGUGACCAGGAGAUGUUGGCCGAGGCCAAGCUGCUCAGGCAGCACAAGGGUCGCCUCGAGGCCCGCAUGCACAUUCUCGAGGACCACAACCGGCAGCUGGAGGCUCAGCUGCAGCGUCUGCGGCAGCUCUUGGACGAGCCAGCACCUCGGGGUACGACGUCUUCCCUCUCACCACACAGCUCCCCAUACACAACUCCUGGUCAUUCAUUGCCUCGAAACAGGGCUCUCCAGCCUGAGCCUAUGUCUUCCAGGAAUGGAAGGCUUCAUGACCACACAGGUCUCUCGAUGGGUGUCCACCCAGGCAGCUUGCUUCACACAGCCUCAUCAGGCCUCUACGCUCAUAGCUUAGCCGACUACAAUGACAUCGGUAGCGAAGAUGAUGACUUCAGUUGCUCAGAACUGGAGCGAAACUUGCACUUGUGAUGAAGCUGCCUCAUUAGUGUCUCAUUUUUCCCACAAAUUGUGUUCUGUGCCACCUACUUCAUUGUAGAAACUAUUAUACUGAAUUUUUUUUUAAGUACUAUUUCACUGUGUCUGUGUAGCAUUCGAAGUGCACUCUUGGGUUCACUCUUGCCUUCUUGGUGUCUAUCUGCUGAUGAGCUCUGUCAUACAGAUUCUCUAACAAAGUGCUGGUUUUUUUCACGGUCAAUAGUGAUUGACCCAAAGGUAGGGUCAGGAUUCUGUGCACAACUGACAUCCAUGUUCCUUCUUGAGAAAAUGUCAAGGCAGACAUGUUCAUUUUUUUCAUCUCAAUAGUUUAAAGUAAUCUCUGUUGUCAUGAAAUAAUAAUUAUGGGACCUUGUGCUUUCCCAGGUAAUUUUUGAGUAGCAGGCAUUUAUUUACCCAUCACAAGGAUUGAGUUAAACACGGUCAUGUGAUAAGUAUUGUGAUAGGUAGGUUCAGAAGUUUUUAAAACAUUGGAAUUGUUUUUCUGUGCAAGGCUGAUCUCACGAACAUCUGAAUAAGCUGUAAUUAAUUUGAGUCAUCAUAUCCAAAUUCGGCUUAUAAUUGGACUUUGUGUGUGAGCUUGGAAGGACUCCUCAUUAAAUUUUUUCGCUUGCAUUACUGUUAAUCUGUUGCAACAAACAGGCAAGCUUUAAAAGUGCCGUAGUUAAAAAAGCAUUACCAUUGAUGACUAGUGCAGAGGCUAUUGUGCAGAAGCAAAGGUCACAGGCUGGCUAUUGUUUUGUCUGGCUUGUAAAAGAGAGAAAUUCAUUUUUCCUUGCAGGAACCACAACGUAAAAACUUAGUUUUCACCUUAUUCUUUAAAAAUGGUAAAAGUAUCUUGUAGGCUUGCCAUUUCAAAGUUCCGUGCUGUGUAGUAAAAUAAUCCUCUUGCCAAAUGUUUAUCUUCGAGUUGAGUGCCUUACUAUGCGUUUUAGUUGAGCUCUGUCGUUGUCUCGAAUGUGUAUCGUGCAUGCUGUAGUUAAUUUGCACAAUACUUUGUUUAGUGGCAGGCUUUCAUUGCAACUACGAGGGUCUUGACAAGAAUGGCAAACAAUUGUAAACUACAUGCUACAAACAAUUAUUAGGUGUUAAGCACUUGUCGCUAAGUCUACGAGACCUGCAAGAGCAUUCUUUUGUGCUUUCCUGCAAAGUGCAGUAAAAAUAGUUUUUAAAAAGCAUUUUUGAGUUAUCUAAGUUUUAAUUAGCAGUGCUCUUCUCGACAACAUCUUGAGCUCCACAAUAUCUUGGGACUGGCAAUUUAAGAUUGUGAAUAGAUUGUUAUUGCCACUAGCUUAUUAAUGCAUAUUUGUCAUCAUUUAUACCAGUUCGAAGGUGGGAAAAAUGCUAUUCCAUGUCAACAUGGCACACAUGUGGUGUUUACUGUCUUUACAGAGUACAUACUGUCCUGUAUCUUGACGAUACGAAUGGGUCUUUUUGCAUUUUUUUCUUUAGGUUUCGUAUAUCAUUAAUGUCUGCAGUCUUUUGUGUUGCUCAGAAAUAAGCACACAUUGUAAGUGUGUGCAACCAUUCAGGCACACUGUAUCACAGACCAUUCCAGCAGAAUGCAGGAUGCAUCAAUGGUGACAUAAGAAACUAACUUGCCAGAGUUACCGUUAUUAAAGUUUAGGUUCUCCCUUUUAGACUGUGGGUAUACAUGGCUGAUAACAAUCACUGUCUGAAAACUUGUCAGCCUGCAGAAGCGUUCAGUGAUUGCUGCAAAUGUAAAUACAGUUUGUAAUUUCUUCAGCUUCUCUACCUAAUUUUUUUAUUUCGGAAUGCCUGACCCUCUAUUUCUUAAAUCCAGAGCCUUUCAUAGAGUGCAGCACAACGUAAUAGUAGUUUUAGAAUCACUAGCCGUGUUUUGCGCCUUUCCCAAUGUGUUCCCGAUAUAUUCCAAUAUUCCCAAUGUAUGUCAGAAAAGGAGUGAACAGUACUCGUGAGACCCCACGUAUUGCAAUAAUUCAGCCUAAGUAUAGAAUUUUUUUCUAAUCGGGUUCUCACUGGUUCACUGUGAAAUGUGACAUUUUUGUACCUUUGUACAUCUUUCGCAUGUGCCAUAUGAUACUGUGUACCAGUGGUGUGUGAAUGUCUAUACACACUUAGAACAUUGGCAGCUCAAACUGGUCACUUAGGGAAGCAAUGUUGAAUGUCUGUAGGUUUGGGUGUGCUGUGGAGCUGUAAGCAGUGUUCAGUUGCAAAUACUGCUUAGCUACGAAUGUGGUAUGCCAGAAAGGGUGUCUGUGUGUGCAAAGGGGUAACUGUGUCAUGUGUAGAAAAUUCGUGAGUAAGUUGCUGACAUGACUUCUGCCCCAACCUUGCGCUCGUUUUCUGUAUUUCUGUUAAUUGGUAGCCCAUUGAUGACUAAAACUCAGCACCAGAAAGGUGAAUUAUGUAAGUUACAGUUCCAGUUGUCUUGCUGCUGGAAGUGAAGAUGCAUACACUACUGUGAAGUUUCCUAAAAUAAUCAAGAACUUGUUGCUUAAUUCAUUUUCAUUCAGGGAGUGCUUUUGUUUCUUUUUUUUAAUUUUUUCCCCUUAUUGUUUUAGUAGCUUUAUGUUAAUUGUUCCUAGCGUUGCAUUAAAACUCUGUAGUACAAAAACAAUUACAACUCUUCUCAUUACCUUUUGCACGCUUCUAAAAUUUUUGUACAAUUCAAUUUCUCAUUGCUAAAUAAGGAGCACAUAGUUUCUUUUGUUAGACACCGUACUGUUCAUAUGGUCUAGUAGGUUUAUCUGUUUUCAUUUGUAGAAUGGUAAAAGCUUCGGUUGGGUUAUUUACUUAUUUUUCAUGUGCCGCGUGAUGUUCUGCUUUAGUUCUUUUCUUUUAUUGGUGCUUUGCAUGUGUUAAGUCACCAAUUUCUCAUGUUUAUUUUGCAUGUUUU